AUGAGUGAAGAAAACGACCCCCUUUUGGCUGAAUUGCAAGCAGAGGAACCUACUGGUGCCAAUGAAGAGCAACCCGUGGAAGUUUCGCGCGAGGAGCAGGAAAGAACCAAAGCGUUGACUAAGUUUAAGGAAAAGUUGGUGGAGCAUAGGAAAUGGGAUGCUAGAAUAAAAGAGAUGCGAUUGGGCAUGAGGGACCUAGAGAAAACUUACGACAAGACGGAAAAUGACAUCAAGGCGUUACAAUCUGUGGGCCAGAUUGUGGGUGAGGUGUUGAAGCAGUUGACUGAUGAAACAUACAUUGUCAAGGCCUCCAGUGGGCCCCGUUAUAUUGUGGGAUGCCGUAACACAAUCAAGAAGGAGAACUUGAAGAACGGUGUGCGUGUGUCGUUGGAUAUGACCACAUUGACCAUCAUGAGGAUCUUGCCCAGAGAGGUGGAUCCAUUGGUGUAUAAUAUGACUACUUUCGAGCCUGGUGAGAUCUCGUUCAACGGAAUCGGAGGUUUGACCGAGCAGAUCAGAGAGUUGCGUGAAGUCAUCGAAUUGCCCUUGAAGAAUCCAGAGUUAUUCACGCGUGUGGGUAUAAAACCGCCCAAGGGUGUGUUAUUGUAUGGUCCACCUGGAACUGGUAAGACUUUGUUGGCCAAGGCCGUAGCCGCCACCAUCGGCGCCAAUUUCAUUUUCUCUCCCGCAUCUGCCAUUGUUGACAAGUAUAUUGGUGAGUCAGCCAGAUUGAUCAGAGAAAUGUUCUCGUACGCCAGAGAGCAUGAGCCAUGUAUCAUCUUCAUGGACGAGAUCGAUGCCAUUGGAGGCAGAAGAUUCAGUGAAGGUACCUCGGCUGAUCGUGAGAUCCAGAGAACCUUGAUGGAGUUGUUGAACCAAAUGGAUGGUUUUGACACCUUGGGCCAGACGAAAGUCAUCAUGGCUACAAACAGACCAGAUACUCUUGAUCCUGCUUUGUUGAGAGCAGGUAGAUUGGAUCGUAAGAUCGAGAUUGGCUUACCUAACGAAGCUGGAAGAUUAGAGAUCUUCAAGAUUCACACGGCCAAGGUGGCCAAGCAAGGAGAGUUCGACUUUGAGGCUGCCGUGAAGAUGAGUGAUGGUUUCAACGGUGCCGAUAUCAGAAACGUGGUGACCGAAGCAGGAUUCUUUGCCAUCAGAGAUGAGAGAGAUUACAUUUUGCAGAACGAUUUAAUGAAGGCUGUGAGAAAGGUUGCUGACGUCAAAAAGUUGGAAGGUAAGUUGGAUUACGAGAAGUUGUGA